AUGUCGACCACACCGUGGGAUUACAUCGCCAAACUCGUCUGCAUCGGCGACUCAGGAUGCGGCAAGUCUAGUCUUACCAUCCGUCUCUGCGAAGGACGCUUUUCGCCUCAUCACGACGUCACCAUUGGCGUUGAAUUCGGCUCCCGUAUCGUCCCCGUCGGCCCUCCUCACUCAAAAAUCGGCGCCGCCAACUCUUCAGACCCUGAUAAUAAGGACCAAGAAGCCGACGGUCUUCCUGAACCUCCUCGGGAUGACUCCAACACACCCCAGAAGCAUAUGAAGCUUAGUCUUUGGGACACAGCUGGUCAGGAGACAUACAAGUCUGUCACUCGAUCUUACUUCCGAGGCGCAAGCGGUGCCCUGUUGGUCUUCGACCUGUCUCGAAAGCAAACCUUUCAGCAUGUUACAGACUGGCUCAACGAUCUACGACAGAUCGCCGAGCCCGAUAUUGUGGUUAUCCUGGUUGGUAACAAGGCAGACCUGACACAACAGGAGGACAAUAAGCGUGAGGUCACACGUGAGGAGGCAGAGGAGUGGGCCAAGCGUAAUGGCGUCAUGGAAUACGUCGAGACAAGCGCAAAAAGUGGCGAGAAUGUGGAAAAGGCUUUCAUGCGGGUAGCAGAGAGGAUAUACAACAAUAUCCAGGCGGGCAAGUACGACCUUAAUGACAGAAGAUCCGGUGUCAAGGGUGCAGGGGCUGGUGGAAAUCGCCAAGUCAAGCUAUCUGGAGAUGCCAACAAGUCAGCGGGAGGUGGCUGCUGUUAG